UAAAUGUGUUAGUGUUUCGAGAAGGAACUUAUGCAUAAGUGUCCUGUGCGAGGUGUUGAACUUUCAAGGGGAUGUCCAUGAACAACUUGAAUGACCCACCUAGAUGGAAUAUAAGGCCAGAGCCACCGGGAGGUGCUGACGGGAACAAGUGGAACUAUGCUUUGCUGGUACCAAUGCUUUGUCUUGCAGCCUUUCGAUGGGUGUGGAGCAGAGAGUCUGAGAAGCAGAUCAAUGAGGUGAAAAUCAGGUAUGACCAGAAUCUGACAGCUGCGACUAAAGAAUUGGAGCGGAAGUACAGGGACACACUAGUGGAGAACCGGCGGACGGCUGCCCACCUAGAGCUGGAGCUGGAGAAGGAGCGUCAGCGUGUACAGGGUUACAAGAAAGCCCUGAUUUCUCAGAGUCAGCAGCUCAUGGAGCAGCGUAAGCAUUUGCAGCAAGAACGUCAGAAUUUAGAUGAGGAGAAGAGUCGGCUACUGCAGUCUGGAGCAGCUGCGGCUGCCCUUCGAGGGGCACUGGAGAGGGAGGAGGACUGGCAACGCAGGGCCACGGGAGUAUUGCAGGACCUGGAGGCGCGUUUAAUGGAGAGGCAGGAUGCCCUCUGUAGCUACCUGUUACCAAGGGACCAUCGCCUAGAAAUGGAAAAGAACCUUCUCCUUAAAGUGGCCAAGGAUCCGUUGGGAUCUGAGCUGGACCUGGAAAAUGAUCUCAGAGACAUUUUCAAGAAUGACAAACACUGUGCCAAUGUACUGAACAUGGACAAGCGUAAGAAUGGAAGCCUGAUGUGGCUCUACCUCAGGUACUGGCAGUUGCAGGUCACACUGCAGAAGCAUAAGAGAGCUGAGCAGACAUUACAGGGAGUUCAGCCCAACCUAAAGUAACCUUGUUGUCACUGAUGGAGUUGAAAAGCACUGGAAAGAAAUGUUUGGUAUUACAACAGAAGUCAACUUGAUAAUGCUGGAUAGUUUACGCUGUCA